CAUCAAAUAACCACAUACAAAUAAGCCAGUGUAGCAGGUAACAGGUACUAACCAAGUAAUGGGUGGUUGGCCUGUUACAUGGUAAACAGGGUGGUUGCAGUAUUUAACUAUGGUUUCUUAUUUAGAAUGUGGAGUGAUUCUGCUAUGAUCAGGUCAAAUCUGUUAAUGUGAGAGGUCAAGAUUUUGAAAUCAGUAUUGUUAUUAUUAUUCUUUUGUGAUUGUGGAGAUGAGAGUGCUCUCUGAUUGCUUAGAAGGAUGGUUUGUUCAGCUGUAGGUCUGUCCUGAUUGACUUGCCUUUGUGUUCUAGCCUGACAGCUAGGACAAGUAAACGGGUAAACCACAUUCGAACUUAGUCCAGAGUCACACUUUUAUUUUUUCUUUAACUUCUCCUUCAUCCUCCUUCCUCAGACCACAUGCUAGAAGUGUCUGCGGGCAACGGCGAGGCCAGGUGGGACUACAACUACCACCCUUCUGUUGUGGUGACUCCUGCGCCCGCUUCACCCGAAGAGUACAACGUGCAGCUCAAGUUCCUUUGUCGCAACUCCUGCCUGACCCGCAAGGACCUCAUGCUGAUUUGCCAGCUGGAAAGAGACGGCGUGGUUGAGGGGCGAGAGUGCCUGGAUGUCAAGGUGAGCGCAUGUCCUCGCCGAGACGUCCCCAAGCCCUCGGGGAACCCUUCGCCCUCGAAGAUGCCCCGCGAAGACCACAGCCAGGGGAUUUUCCAGGAAGUCUGCAGUGGUUUGGAUGAGAGCAUGGUUACUGUUCCCACUCUUGCUUUGACUGAGUCUACUGACUCCACGGAGGUUGGUUAGAACAUUUUAUCUCUCUCUUUCGUGAUGAUUUGUUUUGUUAUAUCUCCCCGCCCCCCUCUCUCUCUUC